AUGUCGAGGAGGAGAACACAAGCUGCGUCUCGUACCGAUAAAAACGUCGUCAUGGCUUCUCAUGGGAGGGCACCGUGGUAUGGCCCAGACGGUAAGAACAUUGAGGCCUAUGUGAUUGGUAUCGCAGGUGGAAGCGCGUCGGGCAAGACAUCAGUAGCUCGAGCCAUCUUGUCCGCUCUCAAUUACAUACCCACUGUCCUGAUUCUGAGCCAAGAUUCAUUCUACUGCGCCCACACCCCCGAGGAGGUCGAAAGGGCCUUCCGGAAUGAGCUUGACCUGGAUCAUCCCGACUCAAUAGAUAUGACCUUGUUUGCAAGGUGUGUCCGAGAUCUCAAGCAAGGUCGAGCGACAGAGAUACCUGUGUAUUCCUUCGUGCACCAUCAACGUAUGCCGGAGAAGAAGUACAUAUACGGUGCAAGUGUGAUCAUUGUGGAAGGUAUCAUGGCUCUUCAAUCAGAAGAAUUACGACGACUGUAUGAUUUGAAGGUCUUCGUUAAUUGUGAUUCGGACCUUAUGCUGGCCCGACGUAUUAUAAGGGAUACCAAAGAAAGGGGUAGGGAUGUCGAAGGGAUACUUGAUCAAUACCUUCGGUUUGUUAAGAGCAGUUAUGAUAAUUUUGUUCAACCUUCUUCCCGUUACGCAGAUAUAAUCGUUCCCGGCUUCUCCAAUCAAGUAGCCAUCGAAUUACUAGUCACGCAUAUCAAAGGACAAGUCGACUCUCGAUCUCUUCGUUUCCGUAAUGUACUCGCUCGUAUAGGACAAGAAGAAGGUGACAAAGCCAAAGCUAAAUCGACUUGUCCAACAGAAGAAUUCCAAGAUCAUAAUCUUGUCUUGUUAGAACAAACCAAUCAAUUACUCGGAAUCAUGACUAUUCUCAGAGAUGAAGAAACGGAAAGAGGAGAUUUUAUAUUUUACACAGAUCGACUAGCUACUUUGGUAGUGGAGAAAGCUUUGACUUUGACACCUUUUCAGCCUACGACUAUCACCACCCCUCUUGGUGUUGAAUACCAUGGAAUGGCUCCGACUACCGAUCCAUUGGUAGGAGUUUCUAUCCUUCGAUCUGGAGGUCCAUUCUCAUAUGGUCUCCGAAGGGUCAUUAGGGACGUACAAAUAGGUGCUAUGCUUAUUCAGUCUGAUCCGAAGACGGGGGAACCUUUGUUAUUGAGUAGUGAUUUACCGCAAUGUAUUAAAAGUCGAGAAGAGAGUGAGAGCGUUCGAGUUUUAUUGUUAGAUUCUCAAAUGGGUACGGGGGCCGCUGCUAUGAUGGCAAUCCGUAUUCUUCUAGACCACGGUAUACCCCAACCUAAUAUAAUACUUCUCACAUUCUUAGUAGCCAGACAAGGUUUACAUUCCCUUCACCGUGUAUUCCCUCAAGUCCGAAUAGUAACAGCUGCCGUAGAUCAAGAUUUGCACGAAGCACAAGUACCUCUUCAUUCCCCGGUAAUGGGUGAAGCUAUCGGUGAAGCUGAUUUGGCCGUUCAUCUGGUCAAUGAAGUCUCUUCUUCAGAAAGGACGUCUGAGUAUGAUUUGGAUGAAAUGGAUGAUAAUGUUUUAAAGUUGGAACAAACUGAAUUUCGAAUACAAAGAUCGAAAAUCAUGGAAGAUCUGAAAUUUUCAAGAAAACAUAAGAAUGAAAGAAUAUCACCUACGUUGAAAAGAGCUUGGGUGGUUUCUCCUGGUAAGUCAUCACACCUUGUUUGUGAUUUGACAAAAGGCUGA